UGCUCCCCGCGCGUGCUGAAGGCCAGCGACAUGGAGUAUCACUCGAAUCACCGCUUCAACACCAUGAUGAAGAAGAUCAACGCCUUCCCAGCGCCGUUCUUCAAGGCCAAGCACGAGGAUCUCUGCAAGGACUCGGACCGACAAGAGCGCGCGUACAAGUACUGCCUGCCCAUUUCGGGCCGCAAAGACUCGGAUUUCUGUCCAGGCGCCGACCGCAUGGACUUGCUGCUGCCUCAGUCGCCUUCGACGCGAUGCUACGCCAGUGUACUGCACUUGCUGCUUGUUGACUUGUACGAAGAGCUCAAGGCAUUGAAUUAUGCCCCCAUUCUGGCGUUUGGGUCGCUGCUCGGAGCUGUCCGCAACGGAUCCAUGAUCCCAUUCACGGAAGACACUGACCUCGCGUACGUGGGCGAAAUAUCGGUAGGCAGCGAGCUGGACGAGGCGCUCUGGAAGAAGGGUUACCAUCUCUUCCAGAAGAAAAUCUGGCGCGUUUGUGUAGCCCCCACCCACCCGCUAGCAGGCAACCUGUAUGACCCUGAGCGCCCUAUCGUGGAGGACUGGUCUGUGCCCUACCUGGAUCUGUACUCGAUGGAGAAGGUGAAAGACGGCAAGGCUUUCAAGAUGCAAGAGUGGGGUGGCACACUCCCUGCCUACCGCGUGGAACCCUACUCGGAAGUGGUGGUUAACGGGCUGCCCUACGACACAGUACACGACCCGGAGUAUUUCCUGCUAGAGGAAUACGGACCGGACUACAAGAAGCCGGCACCUCGCAGG